CGUCUGAAUGACGGCACAGAGAGAGAGAGAGAGGGGGUUCUGUGUGAGAGAGAGCGUCAGAGAGAGAGGGUGGAGAGAGAGAGAGAGAGCAUCAGAGAGAGGGUGGGGAGAGCGUGAGAGAGAGAGCGUGUAGAGCGUCAGAGAGAGAGAGAGCGCACGGGAAGAAGAGAGAGCGUGAGAGAGAGUGGAGAGAGAGAGAUCAUCAGAGAGAGGGUGGGGAGAGCUGUGUGAGAGAGAGAGGAGAGAGUGGAGAGAGAGCGUGAGAGAGAGAGCGUGGAGAGCGUCAGAGAGAGAGAGAGAGCGCACGGGAAGAAGAGAGAGCGUGAGAGUGGAGAGAGAGAGAGCAUCAGAGAGAGGGUGGGGAGAGCUGUGUGAGAGAGAGGAGAGAGUGGAGAGAGAGGAGAGUGCAGAGUGAGCGUCAGAGAGAGUGGAGAGAGAGCGUGAGAGAGAGAGAGCGCACGGGAAGAAGAGAGAGCGUGAGAUAGAGUGGAGCGAGAGUGCAUCAGAGAGAGCGUGAGAGAGAUUGCAAAGAGAGCGUGAGAGAGAGCGUCAGAUAGAGAGAGAGUGAAGAGAGCAUCACAGAGAGAGCGAGAGAAUCAGUCGGAGUAGACGUGCAGAAGAGAAGAGAAGAUUUAGCGGAGAGAGACAGAAGCGAGAAGAGUGAGCGAGUGUGGAUCAGCAGCAGCAGGAGGAGCAGCAGGAGGAGGAGGUGCUGACUCAAUCCCUGCAGCAGCCCAGGGAGAUGGGAGCCAUGCUGCAAGCCCUGUGCGUCGUCAUCACUCUCGCACUCUUCGCCGGAGCCUCCGUCUCCCAGGAUGCCAGUUUGACUCCCAGCCCAGCGCCGUCCGCCGCCGCCGCCGCCGUCGUCGCGACCUCCGACCUCAUCCUGGGGAAGAACUCGUCGCUCGCGCUGCUCGAGUGCCGCCUCGUGCCGUCGGGCGACGAGGUGGUGGCUCGCUCGUGGCUCCACAAUGGCUCGAAGAUCCACGGCGACUGGGUGCCGAGCAACUACAUGAACCACACCGUUCGUAGCUUGCUCGAGGCCGGCGCUUACACCUGCCUCUUCGGCAGCAAACACAACUCCUGGAACGCAACCGUUCUGGUCAAAGCCGCCCCCCAGUUCGACGCGGUGUCGUCGGGGGGCAAGAAGGAGCACAAGAAGGACCACAAGAAGGACCACAAGAAGGAGCGCAAGCUGUCGGCGUACAUCGGCCACAAGACCGUGAUCAGUUGCCACCUGGCCUUCCAAGGCUUCCCGACCCCAACCUGGACGUGGUUCAAGCUGUCUGCGGACAAGAAGACGCUCACGCCGCUGGGCGACGCGGAGAGCGAGAGUGGCGCGAAGACGCAGCACGUGAUCGCCGCGGUCUCGCGCGAGGACGAGGGCGAAUACCUGUGCGUCGCCAGCAACGACGCCGGCUCCAGCAACGACACCGUCACCUUCAAAGUUCACGACCUACGUGACGCAGUGUGGCCCUUCCUGGGCAUCGCCGCCGAGGUGGUCGUUCUCAUCGUCAUCAUCUUCGCCUGCGAGAAGAUGGGGCGCAAGAAAGCGACGGCCACCCCUGUCGAGGAUGACGGAACUAUGGCACUGAAGGGCGCAGCAGAGAAUAGCCAUGCCGACACGAAGGCCGUCAGGCAGAGGAACAGCAAGUAGACCGCCGUGCCUGACCGCACUCCGCACGACUGGAGGUAAGCGGGGGAGUGGAGCGCCAGGCGUGCAGUGACUCGCUUGCCGGUGAUGUGCGAUGGCUUUCCACGAAUCAGGAUUUGAGGUUCAGUUUGGUGUGGCUCAGAGGUGGUGAGGCCCAAGGGGGCACGUGGCUUUGCUGAUGAAUUUUACGUGGACCGCCUUGCGUGCCGCGUAUCCCACGUGUUGGGCGUUGGCGUUGAAUUUUAUUUUUACACGCUUUCAUUUAACUCACUGUCUGUUGUCGUCGUUGUUGUUGUCAUUGUAUCCUCAAAUCUUGUAACUCAAUUU